AUUGCCUUCUAGGGUAUUGCCUUCUAGGGUUCUUUUACGAGGUAAGAGCUAUACAGCGGCACAACAGAAGCAGCCAUGGUUCUCAAGACUGAACUCUGCCGCUUCAGUGGAGCCAAGAUAUACCCAGGGAGAGGCAUCAGAUUUAUUCGUUCUGAUUCACAGGUGUUCCUGUUUGCCAACUCAAAGUGCAAGAGGUACUUUCAUAAUCGGUUGAAGCCUUCAAAGCUUACAUGGACAGCCAUGUACAGGAAACAACAUAAGAAAGAUAUUGCCCAAGAAGCUGUAAAGAAGAGGAGACGUGCCACCAAGAAGCCUUACUCUAGGUCUAUUGUAGGAGCUACCUUGGAAGUUAUCCAAAAGAAAAGAGCAGAGAAGCCUGAAGUUCGUGAUGCUGCGAGGGAAGCUGCUCUCCGUGAAAUCAAGGAGAGGAUCAAGAAAACUAAAGAUGAGAAGAAGGCUAAGAAGGCUGAGGUAACGUCAAAGUCACAGAAAGCGCAGGGCAAGAGUAAUGUUCCCAGAGGUGCCGCCCCAAAGGGUGCUAAGCUUGGUGGUGGAGGUGGAAAGCGCUGAACUUAAAUUUUAUUCUUUCCUUCCCAAGUUGGGUAAUAGAUAGAAAGAAAUGGUUGUUGUUCAAUUUGAGGAUUUAUUUGUGUAUGGAUUGAUUGGCCUUGUCGGCCAAGUUGUUUUCUGAAUUUUUGUUUAUUUUGUGUCUUGUUAGUUAUCCUAUUGAUGGACACCAAUCUACAUCAUCGGACUUACAGGUUAUGCUAAUGGUCAUGGAUGGCAUCUCUCUCUCUCUCUCUCUGAACUUUUGCCUUGUACUUGUGUCCUCUUGUUUUAGUUCACUGCUAUUCACUGUUCAUGGCGAUGAACCGAAUGCCCAAGUCAUGGUGAUAACCAGGCCAGGCUAUUUGAGAUGGUA